AACAAAAGCUGGACUAAAUUAGCCUAUUGACGAGCAUAGACCGCAUCAAAAAAGUCCCGUCUUGCAGGUUUGAGUCAGUGCUCGGCCCCGUCGUAUUGUUAUUCUCGAGGAUUGGCUGCUGUACGGCAAAUUAUGUAUUGAGUAGGCCUACGUCUGAGGAGGGCUGGAGGGAGGCGGGGUAAACGGAGUGCUACGUGUCUUGGUAGUCCCUUUUAAAACCCCUCUCGUCUCUUUCGGUUGCCGCAGCCAAAAGUUUAGAGGUUACAGCCCAAGCGAGCGGCGGUCUCCUCCAUCCAGGCCUGUGUGUGUGAGAGUGAAACCCGGUGUUCAGCAGUCCGUCGGCGGCGUUACACUCGUGCGAAAUGUCUGGAGUGAAAAAGCUUCGUACGAAUCUCAACAGGUCGACCAACGUGGUGUACCAGGCCCAUCAUGUCAGCCGGAGCAAGAGAGGGCAGGUCGUGGGCACCAGGGGAGGCUUCAGAGGCUGUACUAUCUGGCUCACCGGUUUGUCUGGUGCAGGGAAGACCACCAUCAGUUUUGCCCUGGAAGAGUUCCUUGUGUCUCACGCCAUCCCUUGCUACUCGCUGGACGGAGACAACAUUCGCCAGGGCCUGAACAAGAACCUGGGCUUCACUGCCGAAGACCGUGAGGAGAACAUCCGUCGCAUCGCUGAGGUGGCCAAACUGUUUGCGGACGCUGGGCUGGUGUGCAUCACCAGUUUCAUCUCUCCUUAUUCCAAGGAUCGCGAGGAGGCGAGGAAAAUACAUGCAAGUGCCGGGCUGCCAUUUUUUGAGGUGUUCAUCCAUGCUCCUCUUGAGGUGUGUGAGAGCAGGGAUGUGAAAGGACUUUACAAGAAGGCUCGCGCUGGAGAGAUCAAAGGUUUCACUGGGAUUGACUCAGAUUAUGAGCGUCCUGAGGUUCCAGAUCUUGUGCUGAAAACGGGAGAGCUCUCUGUGAACGAGUGCCUCCACCAAGUGUUGGAGCUGCUCAGGGACCAGAAUAUUGUACCAAGCGGGAUCAUGGAGGAGCUGAAUGAACUCUUUGUUCCAGAGAACAAGCUGAAUCUCGCUGUGGCUGACGCAAACACACUUCCCACCAUCAGCAUCACCAAGCUGGAUCUACAGUGGGUGCAGGUUUUGGCAGAGGGCUGGGCUAGCCCUCUGAAGGGCUUCAUGAGAGAGAGAGAAUACCUCCAGGUUUUACACUUUGGCAACCUGCUGGAUGACGGGGCCAUCAACAUGUCUAUUCCCAUCGUCCUGCCUGUUAGCACUGAGACCAAGCAGAGGCUGGACGGCUCUGCGGCUGUAGCGCUCGAGUACCAGGGUUCACGCGUGGCUAUUCUCAGGAACCCAGAGUUCUACGAACACCGCAAGGAGGAACGCUGUGCCAGACAGUGGGGCACCACAUGUCCACAGCACCCUUACAUUAAGAUGGUUAUGGAGGGAGGUGAUUGGCUGGUAGGUGGUGACCUGGAGGUGCUAGAGAGAAUCAAAUGGAACGACGGACUUGACCAGUAUCGCUUUACUCCGCUGGAGCUCAAGCAGAAGUUCAAAGACAUGAAAGCAGAUGCUGUAUUCGCAUUCCAGCUGCGUAACCCGGUCCACAAUGGUCACGCCAUGUUGAUGCAGGACACCAAGCGCCGUCUGCUGGAGCGAGGCUACAAGAAUCCAGUCCUCCUGCUGCACCCACUUGGCGGCUGGACCAAAGAUGACGAUGUGCCCCUGGACUGGCGGAUGAAGCAGCAUGCUGCUGUCUUGGAGGAGGGUAUCCUGGACCCAGCCAGCACCAUUGUUGCCAUCUUCCCCUCACCCAUGAUGUACGCUGGACCCACAGAGGUCCAGUGGCACUGUAGAGCCAGAAUGAUCGCCGGAGCAAACUUCUACAUUGUUGGCCGGGACCCUGCAGGAAUGCCUCACCCGGAGACUAAACAGGACCUGUAUAACCCCACCCACGGAGGCAAGGUCCUCACCAUGGCCCCUGGCCUCACCUCUGUGGAAAUCAUCCCCUUCAGAGUAGCUGCCUACAACAAGACAAAGAAGGCUAUGGACUAUUACGAAAAAGAGCAACAUGCCGAGUUCGAGUUCAUCUCUGGAACCAAGAUGAGGAACAUGGCUCAGAGUGGAGAGAACCCUCCAGAUGGUUUCAUGGCCCCCAAGGCCUGGAAGGUGUUGGUUGAGUACUACACCUCUUUUCAGAAGGACAAGUAAUGACUCAGCUCAACAGCAUACUACAAAUACACAUAGUCGGUUCUUAAAGGGGGUUGAAUAUACAUCCCUUUUAUUCGUAUUUUAGAUGGGUUAUUCUUUUAUAUUAAAUAAAAAUAAAUUGAGAGUGAUGAAUUUGCUAUGAAUAACGAUCCAGUCUUGUCAGGGUGGGUGUUUUGUACAAUAAAUCAAAAUGACUUCUCUUAAGCAGUUGCAGUAUAUGCAAAUUAAUUUAAGCUUUGUAUUUUAGUAAAUUAAAGUUAAGAUUUUUUUUAAAUAUUAAUAUUUUAAGUUUAGGAGCGUAUCCCAAGGCAGUGUAAUCAUUUUUGACAUUUACAUGUAAUAUCUGAAGGAUGCAUGACAAAAAAAACAAAGUGUUGAUUUCACUUUUAUAGCAUUUUAUGGCAAUUAUAUUUCUGUCUGUCCAGUUAUUUGUGUGACCUGUAUGAAAGUUACCAAUGGUACCUAUUUGAUUCACAUGUAUGGAUGUCUAUUAAUGAAUCAUGUUGAUGUUUAAAUGUGAAAUACAACAUAGAUGUUUUUUAUAAUGUAAAAUGUGCCUUUCUCUCAAAUAUCAACAUUAUAAAAACAGCCAUUGUUUAAAUUUCUUGCUGGUGUUUGCCUGAAAUGAGAUUUGUGUGAUGUUAUGAAGUGGGCAUGUGCAUUCAUGUAAUACAGACCAGAAAUUUUAGCACUACAAAGUAUGUUAAAUGCAGUAAUAAAGGAGUUUAUUUGUUAAUAUGAAA